UAUGUAACACGGUCUUGUGUUUGUAUUCUAUUUCUGUAUCUGUAUCUGUGAGCUAUGAUGAUAUCAUCCACACAAGACCUGAGAUACACUUGCCAAACUAUAGCAGCGACUAAACAGGAUAUUUACUAUAGUCUUCUAAUUUUGGUAAGUCCAGCUCUAAUCCGCGGCUGUUGAUUUGAUCUUUAAACAAAUGCUUUCAAUGGAAGUGACAAAGCGUCCUCUGCAAAGGUUUUAACAAACAGAAGCUGCUUUGAUUUUAUACAUUGGUGCGAGCGUGAAGUAGUUGUCAGACCAUGAUGCCUGUGUUACAAGACAUCUGCCUUAAGGGGGAAAGGAAGGUUGCUUUAUGGAUAAUUAAGGACUGUACAUCACAGGUGGAGCCCAGAAGAUACAUACAAAAGGAGACUUUAUAGCAGAUCAAGCAUAAAAACACUUGUUGUACUUCACUGGAAAAAGGGCAGUGGUAUAGUUGAGAAACUUUUUAAACUGCUUUGGGACUUUCCAGCACUGUCUACAUACAGUGAGUAACUAUUGCUCAUAUUUUUAGUUUAUUUGUAAUCAUUAUGCAUCAUGAGUUAUUUCUUGGCUUUCUGCAAGUCUCAUCGUGGCUUGGUGUUUACUCAGUAUCAGGUGCUCCGAUCUCACAGACACUUGUGCGAUGUUUCACUAGUUGUAGAUGGCCAUGAGUUCCCUGCACAUAAGUCAUUGUUGGCUUGCUCUAGUGACUACUUCAAUGCAAUGUUUAAAGAUUACACAAAAGAGUCCAGAGCCUCCGUUAUUCACCUAAAAGUUAUCACGGCAGCAGGUCUACAAAGCAUUCUGGAUUUUAUAUACACAGCAUGGCUGUCUCUUUCCUUGAAAACUUUGGAAGAUACUUUGGAAGCUGCAAAUUAUCUGCAAGUGGUGGAUGCAAUACCGUUAUGUAGUAAGUUCCUAAUCAAUAGCUGUGACUUGGAAAACUGUUGCUUUGUUGCCAAUAUUGCUUUAAAAUAUUACCUUGUAGAUGCUUUAGAAGAAGCAGAACAGUUUAUCAAAAAUAAUUUAUGGAAUCUGUUACAAGAAGAUAUAGAAGGGACAGAGUUGGUGGAAUUAAAUGUAAAGUCAAUGAUAAACUUAAUUAAAUCGGAUAAUAUUCCUAAAGUCAAUGAGCAAUAUUUAUUAAGUUUAGUUCUUAAGUGGUUACAAUAUGAUAGAACCAGACUUUUACAUGCUAACGUGUUUUUUGAAAAUGUCAGAUAUGGUCUGUUGUCGCUGGAUACCCUCAGGGAACUUUACAAACAAUCAGAGGUUCCUUUAACACCAUCUAUCAAAAAUAUCAUCAUAAAAGCAAUAAACUAUCAUUCCUUCCCCUCAAAGCAACCUCUUUUACAGGAUAAAUACAGUACUCUGCGGAACCAAAAGGGAUGGAUACUUCUUGUUGGAGGAACAGCCAAUGGGGAAUUAGUUGAGAAUGUUCUAGGAUUUGAUGUCUACUCUCAUAAGUGGAGAAUGGUAACAAAUCUAAAAGUAAAAGUUCAGCAUCAUUGCACUUGUGUGAUUGGUAACUUCCUCUAUGUGAUUGGAGGAGAAACUACUGAGAGUACAAAGAGCAGCUCAAGCAGCACUUGUUUGUUGGCUACAAAUGUUGUCUACCGCUUUGACCCAAGGUUCAAUAAAUGGAUCCAAGUCAGCUCCAUGUUGGAACAAAGAGCACAGUUUUCCUGUUGUGUUGUAGACAAUCACAUCUUUGUUAUUGGUGGCAGGGGCAAUCAACAAGUCACAUAUUCAUCAGUGGAAGUUUAUGACAUAAACAGAGAUGCUUGGACAAGAUCUAAAGACUUGCCUUGCAAAAUACAUGGUCAAGCAAAUGCAGUGCAUAAUAACAUAAUUUAUAUCUCUGGAGGCAAACUUGAUGGCCGAGUCAACAGCUCUAAGGAUGUGUUUUCUUUUAAUAGACUAGAAGGACAGUGGAAAAAACAAGCACCUAUGACAAUUGCAAGGUUUGGUCACCAGAUGGCCACUGUAAAGGAUUCAAUAUUCACAUUCUUGGGAAUUUAUGAACCAUUUUCUGAUAUAGAAAGCUAUGAUCCAAUGCACAAUCAAUGGACUCGUUUGAGGCCAAUGACCUUCGACCGGUUUUGCUAUGGUUUAGUGGUGGUGGAGCAAACUGUGCUUUUCCUAGGUGGCAAAAAAUGGCAAGAUUCUCGAGAGGUUGCAACACAUAACGUUGUUGGGUAUGAUGCAGAAAAUGACUGCUGGGAAGAGAUUUGCAGUCUGGCUUUUCCAUUUUGUGGACUAAAAUGCGAAAUUCUCCAGAUGACAGAUGUAAAUGAAGCCAAUGACAUAAAUGACAAAGUGCAUUCACAGAUGAAGUGAGGGGAACAUUUUUCCUUUUGUAGGUUCAGAGUAGCAUACAAACAAUGACUCAUAAAUGGUAAUGUAUGUUCAUUCAAAAAGACAGUAAUUUCCAAUUAUGAUGGUGGGAAAAAUACAUUUA